AUGUCUAGGCAAGUCACAAGGCUUCUCGGAUCUUUAUCCUCCAAAGCUCGCCGUUGUUCUAGCGGCGGCUCUGAGGUUUUUCCGUCGUGCCAAUCUCUCAGUUCGUUGAUCCAAUCUCGCUGCUUUGCGUCGGAUCCUCCGCCUCCUGCGGCGGUUUUCGUUGACAAAAACACCCGAGUCAUGUGUCAAGGUAUCACCGGAAAGAACGGGACUUUCCACACUGAACAAGCCAUUGAGUACGGCACCAAAAUGGUGGCAGGAGUGACACCGAAGAAGGGUGGAACAGAACACUUAGGUCUACCUGUUUUCAACUCUGUUGCUGAAGCUAAGGCUGAGACGAAAUCAAAUGCUUCUGUGAUCUAUGUUCCUGCGCCUUUUGCUGCUGCUGCGAUUAUGGAGGGUAUUGAGGCUGAAUUAGAUCUUAUUGUGUGCAUUACCGAAGGAAUCCCUCAACAUGACAUGGUACGUGUAAAGCAUGCUCUUAACAGUCAAUCGAAAACUAGGUUGAUUGGUCCAAACUGCCCUGGGAUUAUCAAGCCUGGUGAAUGCAAGAUUGGAAUUAUGCCGGGAUACAUCCACAAGCCUGGGAAGAUUGGAAUUGUCUCUCGAUCUGGAACCUUGACAUAUGAAGCUGUUUUCCAAACAACUGCAGUGGGUCUUGGUCAAUCUACUUGUGUAGGAAUCGGUGGGGAUCCUUUUAACGGGACAAACUUUGUCGACUGCUUGGAGAAAUUCUUUGUUGAUCCUCAAACAGAAGGUAUUGUUCUCAUUGGCGAAAUCGGAGGCACUGCAGAAGAAGAUGCCGCAGCUUUGAUAAAGGAAAGUGGUACUGAUAAGCCUGUUGUUGCUUUUAUUGCUGGACUUACUGCUCCACCGGGUCGCCGAAUGGGUCAUGCUGGAGCCAUUGUUUCCGGUGGUAAAGGUACGGCUCAGGACAAGAUUAAGAGUUUAAAUGAUGCGGGAGUGAAGGUUGUUGAAUCUCCGGCUAAGAUCGGAGCGGCGAUGUAUGAUCUCUUUAAAGAAAGAGGUCUUUUGAAGCAGUGA